UGUCAUCAUGAUAGGAUUUCAUCGUUCUUGCAAUACUGGUGUUGCAAAAUGGAAUCUCAUAGUUUUUAUGGUGUUUUUGGAUAAUUCUGAAACUUUUUUUUUGACAGUCUAUGAUAUUCUUGAACAUUCUUAG